UCCUGUUUCCUGUUGCACAGUGAGCUGCUGUUUUGAAGGACGGUUCUUGAGCUCAGAUCAUAUUUUUCUGACAAAAUAUGGAUUGAAAGAUGGAUUGGCUUUACAGAAAAACACUCGGGGCCUUUGGCUCAUGUUCUAUAGAAACUUUUCCCUGGCCGCUCCAUUCAUUCUUUGAGAAAAUCUACAUUUCGGCCCCACCAGGAAAGCCAGAAAAUUCACCAGAGCCCGAUGCUGCGGAAGAUGGGGAACAGAGCAGCCCCUGCCCAUCAGCCAGUCCAGAGGUAGAAGAGGAAGAGCGUGAACAUAGUCCUGAGAAGAAUCCCACAAGGCAGUUGCCCCUGGACCCUGGACAAGGACUGACAAAAGGUCUGAAGGAGAAAAACCUCAUCCCAAAGAAACUGCAGCUCCUUCUGGUGGGGAAGACAGGAAGUGGGAAAAGUGCAACGGGAAAUAGCAUCCUUGGCAGGCAAGUAUUUGAGUCCAAACUCAGUGCGCGACCGGUGACCAUGACAUUCCAGAAAGGGAGCAGAGAGUUUGAGGGGAAAGAACUUGAGGUGAUCGACACCCCAGAUAUUCUGUCACCUCAGAACCAGCCCGAGGCAACAGCUAAGAAGAUCUGUGACAUCUUGGCCUCUCCAGGCCCCCAUGCAGUGCUCCUGGUGAUACAGGUGGGCAGGUAUACUGUGGAGGAUCAGGAGGCUGCCAGGUGCCUCCAGGAGAUCUGUGGGAACAGGAUCCUGGCCUACACUGUUCUGGUGUUCACCCGGACAGAAGACCUGGCUGAGGGCUCCUUAGAAGAAUAUAUUCAAGAGAACAACAAUAAGAGCCUGGAUAUUCUGGAUGUUGCAUGUGAGAGGCGCCAUUGUGGCUUCAACAACAAGGCACAAGGGGAUGAGCAGGAGGCCCAGUUGCAGAAACUUAUGAAGGAAAUCGAAUUGAUCUUGUGGGAAAAUGAGGGCCAUUGUUACACCAUGGAACUUCCAAAUGUUCCUAACGAAACACUUUAAACAAAUAGCAAGGCUCUGAGGAGACAAUCAUUAAAGAGUCCUGACUGGAAAGGCUGUCCCAGAUUCAGAGGGCCUCUGAGAAGACCAUCUGAAUGGUACUGAUGCAGAGGGCAUCCAUAUGAGCCCAAGCUGGCCAUAAGCAGGAAUGUCUUAGUCAGUGUGCUGCUGCUGUGAAGCGACACCAUGACCACGGCGGCUCUUAUGAAAGGAAGCGUUUAAUUGGGGCUGGCUUACAGUGCCAGAGUCUUAGUCCAUCAUGGCUGAAAGCAUAGCAAGGGCAGGCAGGCAGACAUGGUGCUGGAAAAGUAGAUGAAAGUUCUCCCAUCUAGAUACACAUACAGCAGGAAGAGUGAGACUCUGGGCUUGGAAAGGGCUUUUUGAAAUCUCAACACUGUUUCCCAAACCCCACAGGGACACAUUUCAUCCACAAGGCCACACCUCCUAAUCCUUUCAAAUAGUACCACUCCCUCAUGACCAGGGAUUUGAAUCUAGGAGCCUACAAGGGCUGUUCUCAGUCCAACCACCACAAGGAGACUUCACCAGAAGCUUAACCUAUGUCCAGCCCCUGUUGCCUGUUCCCUCUGUUUCCACAGAGAACUUUGCAGGCCUUAGGCCAGAAUGUCCAGUGUGGAGAUGAGGUGAGUUUCAGAGGGCAGAGGUAAAUUAUGUGUCCAGCUACAGAGCUUCCUUCUAAACACACUGGCCCUCCACCUCAGUCAGCAGCACUGUGCCCUCAUAAGUGGUGUCCCACUGACACCACAUUUUUUUUUAUUUCCUGUGUCUAUUCUUGGCUACAAUCAAAGCUUUCUUUUGUGUAAACUGCAUAGCUGCCUAGCCAACGUAGUCAGAGUUGAUGCAACUUGUGGGUAGCCACGGACCAGAAGGUUGUACAUUUCUUGGGUUUCAUCCUUACUCAUAAAGAGGAACAGGCACUGUGAUUAUUAAGAUGCCUGCCCUGUGUAGUGGGUAGAAAAUGACAAUAAAACAGAAUAGAGAGGGCCAGAACUCCAGUUACUUUUCUUCCUCAAUGUAAGGUAUUUUAAUAGGUUGUGUUCAAUAACUGUGUUCUAGCCACUGACUUACUUGUAAGCCCUUGAGAAACGUUGAUGCAAUGACAUGUACAAUGACUAAUUCUGAACAGUAUAUGUCUUUCCGGGGAGGAGCAGGGGUAGUGCCAUCUUUUGUGAGCUAAGGAGAGUUGGAUGGAUAGGAGCAGACAACCAAACACACGCAAGCCCUGCAGUAGAGCCAAAGGUAGGCAGGCCAUGGCGAAGAUCCCGAGAAGUCAAAUGAGAGCACCAGCCCAGAACCAUCCUAUGUGCUGUCUCCCCUGGGCUCCACCAGAAGCCCCCAAUAAAGCCUUCAUGUUCCACGGGUA